UAGUGUUACAACAAAGGUUGAAAAGUGCCGCUGAGAUGUUAUUAGUAUGGUGCACCGUAACGUUUCCACUGCAGCGGUGUCGGUGCUAACUUGUUGAUUGUCUCUGACAUAGUGCGGAUGAGCUUUGGACCGCAGUCGCCAUGGGAGUGCACGGACUGUGGAGGCUGCUGGAGAGUACAGGCAAACCCAUCAACCCCGAGACUCUGGAGGGAAAGAUCCUAGCUGUCGACAUCAGUAUAUGGCUGAACCAGGCAGUGAAGGGGGUGAGGGACCGUGAAGGCAACAGUGUGCAGAAUGCCCACCUCCUCACUCUCUUCCACCGCAUCUGCAAGCUGCUCUUCUUCCGCAUCAGGCCAGUCUUUGUGUUUGAUGGGGACGCACCACUGCUGAAGAAACAGACCCUGGCUCUGAGGAGGCAGAGGAAAGAGGAGUUGAGCCGGGAGUCCAAACAGACUAAUGAGAAACUCCUUAAGACGUUCCUGAAGAGGCAAGCUAUCAAAGCUGCACUUGGAGACCGCAGUAAGGAUCCUCUGCCCAGCCUCUCCAGUGUGAGGAGAGAUGAGGUGGACGACAUGUACGUCCUUCCAGCCCUGCCAGCUCCAGAGGAGAAAGACAGAAGCAGUUCGGAAGAGGAGGAAGAGAAAGAGCAGGAGGAGAUGGUUGACAGUUAUCAUAUGUAUCAGGGAGAACUGUAUGAAAACCCCAACUCAGUGGACAUCAACUCAGAGGAGUUUGCGAGCUUGCCUCCUGAAAUGAAACACGAGAUACUCAAAGACAUGAAAGAGUUUGCCAAGAGACGCCGGACCAUGUACCACAAACCUCCAGAGUGCUCAGGAGACUUUUCCCAGUACCAGCUGGCCGGCCUUCUGCAGAGGAACCAGCUGAACCAGCGGCUGAAGGGUGUGGAGAAAGAGAUGAGCCAGCAGAGUGCCGGCAGCGCUCCACAGCUCUAUGAACAGGAUGGGGAGGAGCAGAGCCACAGUGUAGAGUCACACCGGCUGGUUUCAGAAGACUAUUCCCACUAUAUCCUUAUUAAAGGCUCCAAAAAGAGUGAGGCUGCCCCCGAGAGCCGACCUGCAGCUGCACCCUGGUCCGGGGGCUUUUUGUCAGGCAGCCAAAGACGAGCAGCGGGCCGGCCUGAGCCCCUGUGGCGUCCUGCCUGUGAGGAAGACGAGAAAGUGCCAGGUCCCUCUUCUGAAGACUCCAAACCCUCUGUCUCAGAACCGACUCAGGGAGACACGUCACCACCCUCGCCUCGUACGCUCGAGGCAAUCCAGGCCGCCAUGAACGACAGCUCGGACGAGGAGAAGGCGGUCCGGGAUAAGAAGGGUGGUAGUGUGUCUCCACGUACCCUGAUGGCAAUCCAGCGAGCUCUCACUGAGGAGGAGAAUGCUGCUGCCGAACAUGGGGCUCCAAUCAGCAGAUUGCCCACCAAACCGCAGGCGAAUAUUCAGCCUCCUGCGCCACCACAAGUGGUCAUCAGCAGCUCAGAGGAAGAGACAGAACCUGAUGAUGUGAUCUCUUUACCUAAUGAUUUUAAGGGGAGCCCAACACGCCAAAGUGUACACGUAAAAGAUGGUUUGCUUGUUACUAGUUCUGAAGAUGAGAUGGAGGAAGUGAUUGGUCAGAGAAAUAAGGCACUUCGGGUUGCAGCGCUGCAGAAACUUCACGAGAGAGAGACAAAGCCAGAGAAGGAGACGGGAAGCAGAGGACAGACAGAGAAACAAGAACACGUGGAGAGAAGAGAAUCACAGGUUGCUUCUAUUCCAAACCUCAAUCUCUCUGCUCAGAUAUGUGGGAAAUCUCUCAGUGCAGAGACUGACAUUCGUCCUGUGUUGAUAGAGCAGAGGAUUAACAAUUCCAUUAAAGCUCUAGAGGAGAAGAAUGGGGAUGAUGUGAAGUCAGAGCGCAGUGAGGAGAGUGAGUCAGAAGAGAGCUUCAUCGAGGUGUCAGAAGAAGAAUUUAAAGAGGAGGAUGCAGAUGAUUCACUUGUAAUGAUUAGAGAGGAAGGAUCUCCAGAUGAGGUCCAUGAAGAUGGGACCAUGAUGGAAGAAAAGGCGAGUUUUCCAGAGGCUCCCAGCGCCCCGGCUGCUGCUUUAAAUUUAGAAGAAGAAGAGGACAAAAAGAGACAGACUGAAGAGAAAGAGCUGAAGGGGGGAACAGAGACCGAAUCCAGUUCAACUCCAGCCACCAAUGAAUGGGAACACUUCGAUGUGGAUGAGCUGGAGGCUCUGGAGAGCUCUCUGCAAGUGGAGCAGAGCAACCUGAAGGAGCUGAAACAGCAGCAGGAGAGGAUGGCGAACACUGUUACUGGACAGAUGUACCUGGAGAGCCAGGUUCUGCCUGAGCCGUUUUGGCUGGAACAGUCGGAGGACUGAGGAGACUCUUCAGCCUGUGAUCAAGCAGCUCAACACACAACAGACCCAGCUGCGGAUCGAUUCGUUCUUCCGCAUGGAGCAGCAGGAAAAGCAGGCGAUCCGCAGCCAGCGACUCCGCCGAGCAGUCACCUGCAUGAAGAGAAAGGAGAGGGAAGGAGGAGAGGAGGAAGAGGAGGACAGUGAGGAGGAAAUGCCAUCCCCAUCCAAAUCUAAGAAAGGGAAGGCAGCAAGCAAGAGUCCAAAGAAAGGAGGAGGAGGAGAGAGGGAAGAGGAGAGGUCUGCGGCAGGAGGAGGGUUUCUGGGAUCGGAGGUUAUUGUUGAACCUCCUCUUACGUCUCUGAAGGAAGUGAGCAGCACGAGCCAGGAGCCUCUCUCAGUGAAGAUCCCACAAUCUGCUCAGACUUUAUCUCAGAGGGCCAGCAGGAGCAGCAGCACCUCUGAUGAGGACAGCGAUGGCGGCGGUGAAGUUGCUAUGGUUACAGCCCGAUCUGUGUUCGAGGGCAGCCGACGAGGCCGCGGAACGAAAAGCGCAAGAGGGAGAGGAAGCGUGAGAGGAAAGGGAAGGGGGAAGAAGCUGUGAGGAAAAAAAAAAUCUGAACUUCAAACGUAAUAUUAAUUGCAACAGUGUAAAAAAUGUCACACACUCCCAAAUAAUGCCUGUGAUAUAAUACUUGAUCGUUAUAAGGUAAAUUAAUAAUUCACUCAUUCAUGAAUUGAGUAUUGGUGUAAAAAUUAUUUUCUGUUUUAUAGGAUAUGUAUUUUGUAUAACUGUGACUGAUAAUAUCUGUGAGAGAACUGACAAUAUUUUGCAUUAAAUGUUUAAAAGUGCAGUUGAAGUAUUUCCAAAGGGAUGUCAGUUUGGCUCAGAUUCGGUCAUUUGUCCUGCUGAUGUGAGACAGACAGGUGCAGGUCUUCAGCAUCACACUUAAAUUUCCUUGAGGUUGUAUUUCAGUCGCCUUCUGUUUCUGCAUACACUCCCCCUCUUCCUCCUUCUCCCUUUAACACACACAAACACAACAGCUUUUGUACAUGUGAAAGCAACUCUGGUGUUUCUGAAUAAAUACCUGACAUUUCAAUCUCUUGCAAGUUCUAAUUUGACUGGUGGCUUGUGAAAUUGAGGAUACAUUACUCU